AUGAAAUUAUUUGGAGAUUUCGAGAAAAACAUGUUAAUCAUGCAUAUAAUGAUCGUACUUCUAUUUGUUUCUUUGCAUCAAAUACGCUCCGAAACUACUAGUCCUAUUUUAGGAAUUCUUUCACCAACGGGAAGCUACAUCAUACGCUAAUGACACAAUAUAUAAGAGAGCAAAGUUGCAAAAAUAUAGCUAGUGUAUAUGUCAACGGAAAAUAACAAGAACUGCAAAUUGAUAAAUUUCCUAGGAAAUUUAUUUAUUUACCGUUAGGGAGGUAGUCGAAACUGAAAAUUGCAAGCCCUACUCGCUAGACCCGCGACGGAGAAGGACCAAGCAUUGUCACUACAAAUUAUAGUUUGGUAAGUCUGUUGAUUGCACCUAAGUCUAUGGGCACAAGCACUGCCACUGUCAACAUCGACUUAUCAGAGAGCAGUGUAUUGUUUGCCGUAUUUCAAAGAAGCGUAAAAUUAAAAGCUCUUCUUUUAUUAGUCGAAUCGUUAUUGGUGGAAAAUUUACCACGAGACGUCACAAAUUGAUACAUUUACGAAAAUGUGAGCGUAAAAUAAUACAAUUUAUCUCUCGUUUAGAAUCCUACGAAAGUUUAUAAAUUUCCUAGGAAAUUUUAAUUUAUCAAUUUGUGGUUCUUAUUAAUUUCCGGUGACAUAUAUAAAUAUAAAUUAUGAAAACUUUGAAUGUUCAGGUGCAAUAUACGACGAUGGAAGUUUUUUGAUGGAGGCUGCUUUCAAUGUAGCCGUAGAUGCAGCAUCGGCGGGCAUAGAUAAUCCAUUUAAAGCCAAUGUAAUUCGAACGUCUCCAGGCGAUUUGCUAGAGAGCGAACAAGCGAUGUGUACUCUUUUAGAAGAACUUUUUGCCGAUAUUAUUCAAGCGAAAGGAUGGCAAGAAUUCACUAUUAUUUAUGAGGGCGCCGAACUUUUACCUUUCUUAGAUAACAUAUUUAAUUUAGAAGAUUUGGAUUUAGGUGAACGGAUACUAAUGAACGUUGUUCAGUUGCCAGAUGGCGAUGAUUACAGACACCAACUGAAGGAUAUAAAAAAUUCAGGCUCAUUAAAUUAUCUCCUAUGCAGUAGCCUUGAAAGGUUAUCACAGUUCAUGCAGCAAGCACAACAAGUCGGUAUAAUGUCUGACGAUCAUAGCUACAUAAUAAUGAAUCCCGAUUUCCAAACUAUCGACAUAGACCCAUACAAACACGGCGGUUCGAAUAUAACAGUAUUAGAACUAUCUGAGGAGCAAAUAGAAAAUGAAAUUGGUGAAAAUGGUUUAACACUUAAUUUGGCUUUGAUAUCUGACGCAGUGACAGUAUACACUACUGCUAUUAACCUUCUUGGAAUAACAGAAGGUGCUAACGUUUCUUGUGAUCAAGCUGAAAGCUGGAAUUUUGGAUCCAGCAUUAUAAAUUUUGCUAAAACGGUUGAAAUAGAUGGUUUGACUGGAUUAGUAAAGUUCGACGAAGAUGGCUUCCGUACUGAUUUUGAGAUUGAUAUUAUUGAAGUGAUGAGUCAUGGGUUUGAAAAGAGUGCUCCAUAUGGUAUGCUAAAAGAAUCAUCAGUAAUGUUAGAAGGAAAUGAUCGCUACGAAGGAUUUGGAAUUGAACUAAUCGAGGAACUAGCAAAAAUGAAUGGUUUCAAUUACACGUUCGAAUUACAAACAGACGGUGUCUACGGUUCUUAUGACGCUAAAACUGGAAGAUGGACUGGCAUGAUGGAAAAAAUUAUGGACGGAAGAGCAGACUUCGCCAUAACAGAUUUAACGAUAACAGCGGCUAGGCAAAAAGCAGUGGAUUUCACGAGUCCCUUUAUGAAUUUAGGUAUAACUAUAUUAUAUAAAAAGCCAACAAAACAACCACCAGAUUUGUUUUCGUUCAUAUCACCGUUUUCUUUUGAAGUUUGGGGUUGGUUAGCUGGAGCUUUUGUUGGUGUGUCAGUUCUCCUAUUUAUUCUUGGUCGUAUCGCUCCUGAAGAAUGGCAAAACCCUUACCCAUGCAUUGAAGAGCCGGAGACAUUAGACAAUCAGUUUACAUUAGCUAAUUCCUUUUGGUUUACUUUGGGAAGUGUACUCACUCAAGGCUCUGAAAUUGCUCCUAUAGCCGUUUCUACUCGAAUGGCCGGCAGUAUGUGGUGGUUCUUCACGUUAAUUAUGGUGUCGUCUUACACAGCCAAUCUAGCAGCGUUUCUUACUGUUGAAUCAAAAUUCUAUGCAAUCAAAAGUGUUUCCGAUUUAGCUAAUAACCCAUAUGAUAUUCACUAUGGAGCGAAAAUGAAAGGCGCUACUUAUAGCUUCUUUAAGGACGACGACGCAGGCAGUGCUGAUGCUCAACCUUUAGUCUUGGCAAAUGUGGGCGGUGUAUUCAUAGUGCUGGCUGCUGGAUCGGGAAUGGCAGUUGUUUGCGCUUUUCUCGAAAUGAUAGUCGAUAUUUGGACAAUCUCUCGGAAACAAAAGGUAUCAUUCAGAGAUGAGCUAAUAGCAGAGUUAAAAUUCAUAUUCAGUUCUUCUGGAGAUGUGAAACCAGUUCGCCACCGUGAACCUAGUGGUAGUGGAUCAGGCGGCUCUAAAGGGUCAAAGGGAAGUAAAGACUCCGAAAGGUCUAAUGGUGAAGAAGAGAAGAUGAUCGAUGUGGAAUCGGUGAAAGAAGAUGAUGACAAAGUAGAACGGGCACCUACACCUAGAUCCGAAAGAUCAUCUCACUCACAUCAUACGUUGCAUAGUCGAAGACUUAGCAAUGCUGUACAAAUGGCCAGAAUGCGAAAAUAUAGCAGAAAUAAUUUCUGA